AUGCCCAUAACACUAUUGAAAUCACUCAAGCUACAUAAGGACAAGCUCUGGUCCAUUGAUUGUGCGAAAGGAUUGGCAGCAACGGCUUCUUCAGACCGUAAGAUUAAGCUUUUUAACCUUGGGAACUCAGAUUUCAAAGAAGUGGAAGAGCUUGAUGACAAUACACAUAAAAAAUCGGUAAGGUCAGUUGCAUUCAGACCGCAUUCGUCUAUUCUUGCUGCUGGCUCUUUUGACUCUACGAUUUCCAUUUGGGGCAGGGAAGAGAGCGACGACAUUCAAGAUGCUCAUCAAGAAACUGAACUUUUGGCCAUCAUUGAAGGACACGAAAACGAGGUGAAAUCGGUAGCUUGGUCUCAUUCUGGAGAGUUUCUGGCCAGCUGCUCAAGAGACAAGAGUGUAUGGAUCUGGGAAGCAGACGAUUUGGGCGAAGAAUUCGAAUGCUUAAGUGUAUUACAAGAGCACAGCCAAGAUGUCAAACAUGUAACGUGGCAUCCUCGAGUCAACUUGCUGGCUUCUAGCUCUUAUGACGAUACUGUGAGGCUUUGGAAAGAGGAAGAAGAUGAUUGGGAGUGUGCUGCAGUGCUGACUGGCCAUGAAGGUACCGUUUGGUGCUCAGAUUUCGAGAAUUCUGAUUCUUCUCUUAGAAUAGUAAGCUGCAGCGACGAUUCCACGGUACGUGUGUGGAAACAUGUGGAAGAGAGCGAAGACGGCGAAGACCUUUGGUCUCAAGAAUCUAUAUUGCCAAGAGUGCACUCCAGAGCGGUUUACAGUGUGAGCUGGAGCCCGGAGGGAUACAUUGCCAGUACAGGAUCCGAUGGAGUUUUAGCCAUUUAUAAAGAAACAGAACAAGGCAAAUGGGAUGUGAUAGCUCAACAACCCGAGGCACAUCGCGUUUUCGAAGUGAACGUUGUGAAAUGGACAAAAAUCAACGGCAAACCUAUAUUACUAACGGGUGCAGAUGAUGGGACCGUCAACAUCUGGAGCUUCUCAGCAUAA